CAGCCAAUGAGCCGCACCUGCAGCGGUCCGCAACCACAAGAGGUGCCCACGUACGCGCUCCGUCGUGCGCAGCCCACAGCAAUCUCAUCUGACCAGCUCCAGGUUCGCUUGCCCACGCGCGGACAGAUCACGUCACGUCACGUCCCGUCCCAACGACCUUUCGAGCACGAUGGCAUUUAAAGGCAGCAACGGCGUGGCCGUGGAGAGACGCGCGGAUCUGGCGUCCCUCUUCUGCAUGAUCGGGCGACACGGUCCGGCCGUCGCUCUGGCCGUGUUCGCCGUGGUGUCCGUGCUGGCGGGUUUUGUCAUCUACCGAACCGUGAGGGGAAGGAGGAGGAGGAAAAAGAAGACCACCGCAGGAAGCGAGACGGACAGAAAGAGCAGCCUCGCGGAGAGCGACGAGGCGGUGACGCAAUCCGAGCUAGAACCGCAAGCGUGUGCGACUUCAACAGAUGAUGAUGUGGCAAAAGAGGAACAUGAUCCCGCUGAGGCUCACCACCAAGUCAGACGUCGUGCUGCUGCUGCUGCUGAGAAGAACUCAUCACCCUGCGAGACUGACAGCCAAACACCGGCCAACCAACAUGCGACAUCAUUGCGAGUGGAGUCUGCGUCUUCCACAGAAGCCCACGUGUACUCCGAGGAGCCCAGUCAGAGUCUGCCAAGUGUUGCGGCAGAAAUACAGAGGGGAUCUGCUUCCGUUUACCAUCCAAUAACAACAGAUUACACAAUUAAGGACAAAGAGAUUUCAGAUGGCAACUUGAAGGAGCCCGAGGCAAUUCAGGAUCGUAUGUGUCAAGAAGUAGUAGAACAACAUGAAGAAGACCAGACUGUAAACACGGAUGCGGAUUCUUACAAGAAAACCAGACAAGAGCCUUUGUCAAGUAACCCAGAGCGCUUUGAGGAAACCCUUCCAAAGAGAGACGAAGAAGAUCAAAACAAACAAGACGACAAAAACGCAGCAGACACUGGAAUGGCAGAGCUCAACCUCGAUGUCGUUUCAAUAGAGAAGAGCCCAAAUGAGGACUUUGAGGAGGCGAUGAAGCACCAAGAUGGUGCAGAUCCCAAUGUAUAUUCCUAUUUUCGCCUCCCUGAAGUCACCACUGAAGAGCAAGAGUUUGACGGCAGCAAUACGUUGUCCGAUGAAGCAAUUGCAGAAGGUUUCGAUGGCUUGAGCAACACAGCUUUCGAUUUUGACUCUGAAUCACCAGAAUCGGAUAAUCGAGAAAUUCAGGCUGAGUGUGAAGAGGAACAAAGCCUUAUGAGCCAUCAAGAGAUGAAUCUCCUUCCUGAUGGUGGACGAGGAGAGAGUUGCAACAUGGAUGGCAAUUCAGGAGUUCCACCUGUGGUUGACGCCGAUAUGCCAGAUGUCACCUCCGAAACGACGCCCCAAAUUGACUCUGACGUGUCACCUCAUGAUCAACAAGAACAGAAAGUAGACCUCCCAACUGUUGAAGAUGAAACCGAAAAACUCUCUGGCCUUACCGAAAAAGAUUCGUUCGCUACCGAGGGCGAGGCACCUGUUGACCAUUUGUGCGAACCCCGCGUUUUGUCUUCUCACAAAGAGCAACAAAGUGUUCAAGAACUCGACCACGCCGCUUUGAAAAAGGCAAAAGUGGCUCUCAUUCCAAACCUAGCUAGUGACAAUGGAGCGUCCAUCGACAAAGACCAGUAUGGCGACAAUGGAGAGAAGUCAAAAACUUUCGGGGAGCCAAGGUUUGACUCCGCAGGUGACGACCCCUCUCAUGCGGCCAGUACGUCUUCCGCUCAAGACCAACAAACUGAUCCGAAUGUCGAUUUUCCCGUCGCCUUCUCUGCUCCUGCUCCUGUCUUGACUGAACACAGGAUGAACCUACUACCCAAGCUUCAAAUUUGCCUCCCGCUCUUUCAGCCAAGCGAGCUGAGGGAAAACGACACGUGUGAAGGGGGUGAAGAAAGUGGCAUUUCCAGCAUGGCCGUCAGUCCUGAAAUGCUCGAGCCCGGGAGUCACUUUGACACCACUGAGAUGCCGGCGAUAGAUCACGAGUCACAGGUUGAGGCCAGGCUACAGCCUCCGACUUGCCUUUUGCCUGACAACGCAACUUUAUCAGUCUUGGAGGAAGAUGGAGUGGUGUAUGAGCCUCACCCAGCUCCACUGCCAGAGCAGCCGUACAGUCAGAACACAGAAUGUGCUCACGUUGAGUCAUUGGCAACAAAUGAGGACAUGUUGGGCCCUCUCGUUGGGGAAGGCAACCAAAGAGAGUCAGACGUGUUUACAAUGCCGGUCCAAAGUGAUGAAUGGCAAAGAUCGUCAGAUGUGAAGGUGGCUGAGGUUUCAAGUGAGAAAUUGGAAUGUGCAGAAAAGAAAGAGGCGCCGAUGGCAAAAGACGAGGACUUUGUGAAGACUGAAAUAAAUAUCAUGGAGGCGACUAUGGACCAUAAUGAGUGGAUCACCGAUGGCAACCCAAACUUCCCCUGGAUGAAUCUCUCCGCGCCAUCUUUUGGUGGCGAGAACCACCAAGCAACCCAACAGCUUGCCACUGAAGAAUGCAACCACUCAGAUUCACAACCUCGAGAUGUUCCUCGUGCCAAACAAACUGCUGGGUGUGAUUUUGAAGAAAACGAAAAAAGUCAAAAAGUCAACGUGACCUUCUGCGUCCACUACAUCACCAAAUCGCCGUUGCAGAUUUUGGCCGUAACAGGGAAUCGGCGGGAGCUUGGGAACUGGAAGCGCUUCAUCCCUUUGGAGAGCGCCAAGGAUGGACACUGGGAGGCCGUGGUGGGCCUUCCGGCUGAGAAUCACGUGCAAUGGAAGUUUGUCGUUGUCGAACAGGGGCAAGUGUGUCGCUGGGAAGAAUGCGGUAACCGGCUGCUCGAUACAGGAUGUGGCGAAGACCUGCUUGUGCACAAAUUUUGGGGAUUCCCGUGAGGCGUGAUGGCUCGGGCUUUUAGAUUGGCACCAAAAAGUAAGAGUUAUACUCCAUUAUAUUGAAAUGCUAACUUUGUGACGUCUUCAUACGAAAUAAAAAUGAUGUAUUAACAUGGGCUAUUUUAAAAUGGGGCUAUAGAGGAUGGGUCACACAAUUUCAGAAGCAUACUCCCACUUAUGUCACGCCUUUGAGUGGUUUCACGUACGGUACGUCACCAUGGUGCGUUUGAACUGAAAUGAUGUUAACGUUUUCUACGCUGUCGCCACCACGUUAUUUUUUUUGCACCAGUUGGAUUGUUUGGCUUCAAAUGUUGCAUUUUGCACUGCAUUCAACUAGCUACUGUUUUUGGUCAUAUAUUCAGCAAAUGUCAUUGUGUACAGUUGGCCGUCAUUGCAAAUAUCCAUGUGCAUCUCCGGUUAAUGUGAUGGACAUGGGCACAUUCUGUCCACUUCGGUAAAAUGGCAGCAUGGUUGCUUUGCUAAUGAAUGGCGGUACGAGCAAUUUAUUUUCAUGGCGACAAGCCAGUAUUUUUCUAACACGGGUUCCCGGAGGGGGGGAAAAAAAAAAAGUUUAAAACUGUCUAGCUUAAUUAUAGCACUCUAGUUCAAAAGCAAUAUCUGGGAUUUAUGCAAUUAGCAGUUUUUUUUUUUUUUAUACUGGGCAAGUUGCAGUGAAAGUUUAUUUUGGAAACUAAUACUUUUGAUGGAAGACUCCCCAUGUGAAAACAUUCAGUUCACUUUUGUACUCGCGCAAUAAUCGAAGCAAUAACCGGUGUGCACCAAUGGCCUGAUAUUGUAAACUACACGUGUGAUGCUGCUUUUGACCAAAUGCAUGUCCCGUCGUUGCUACAUAUACUAGUGCCUUGUUAGUUGGGUUUUUUUCCCCUCAAUUGUCUUUUUUUUUUUUUAAAUCUGUCUUGUCUAUUCUACAUAUUAUGCAAUCUUGUGAUAUUACUACUGGAUGUACCUAAAGACAUUUCAUAGUUGUGUGGCAGUCAAUGCAUUUAUUAAAGGCCAGUUAUUUGAA